CGACAACCAACUGAAGUACACCUCCAGAUCUCCUCCAGCAGCAGCCUAUAGCUCAGUUCACAGCCAUGUCGAGCAUCACGCGUACCUUCAGAAACUUGCGCAAGAUUGGAUUCCGCCAAGCAGCACACCAGAUGCAGCAUGUCGGCGACACAAAAGCCGGCAGACUCGUCGGCAUUGAUAAGAUGGGCAACAAGUACUAUGAGGAUCCCACUGAAGUUCCAUUCCGCAACCGAUGGGUCGACUUUGCAGACUAUACAAAUGAGGCAUCACAGAUUGAGCCCGGCUGGUACUCAUGGCUCGCGCACACAUUGAACAAGGCGCCGAGCGAGGAUGCGGCUUUAGCAACGGAGCAGUAUCCCUGGGAGAUCAAGUGGCGGAAGAACCCGACCGGCACGUUCGGCGCAUACAAACCGUACAGCACUGUUCGUGAGAAGAUCAAUAAAUGGGAGCCCCAGGUCCGGUCGCGUUCAUAGAUCCAAUUUCGCCCUGCAAGCGGUUCACUCUGUCCUUUCUGUGCUGCCC